AUGUCAGAUACGGCCGACUCCAACCCUGGCGAUGGCGAUUCAUAUAGACAAACCUCGUCUCCGGGCCCGAAUUCCUCGAUUCCGGCCAACUUCUCCGUCUCCGAUCUCUCAAAUGCCAUGAAGGUUACCAGAGGCCAUUCUUGUGUCUUGUGUCAGCAGAGGAAGGUGCGUUGUGACAAGAGCAAACCCUGCUCCAACUGUGUCAAGGCCGGUGUCGAGUGUCGGGUCAUACCUCCUCAGCCUCCGAGGAGACGGAAGAAGCGCAUUGCUGAAAGAGAUCUGGUGGAGCGGCUCAGAAGAUAUGAGACUCUGCUGGCCCAGAACGGCAUCGAGUUUGACGGCUUGGGACCCGACGUGAAGAUCACGGAUCCGGGAACAGCCCAGGAGGGAGAUGAACUGGAUGCGGACUUCGUGAGAAUCAAGGAGUCGCCCGCCGCCGUUAACCCCGAGUUGAUCUCCUCCCCAGGCGAGACCCCCCAUAUGCCCAAGACUUUCAAAUGGUUUCCGUUCCAAAAAGAGUUCCGCUCCGCAGAAGACAUGCUUAGGGACUCAUCGGAAGAAGACGAUAUUGGCUCGUCUAUUAACGAAGCCUACGACAAGAUGUUUGAUAACUCGGACGGCUUUCCAUUCGUUAUAGGCAAUUCCUCCCAGAGCGUUACCGACAAACACCCAUCUGCCAUCCAGAUAUUCCAGCUGUGGCAACUGUAUCUCAACAACGUCAACCCCCUUCUCAAGGUGACCCACACCCCGACUCUUCAGGGCCGCAUCAUUGAGGCCAGCGCGAACCUGGAGAAAGUGACCAACAGUCUUGAGGCCUUGAUGUUUUCCAUCUACUUCAUGGCCAUUAUCUCGAUUUCCGACAGUGAGGUUCAGGAGACGUUCAACGAAGAGAGGCCCGUGCUUUUGCAUCGAUAUUAUACUGCUUGCCAGCAGGCGCUGCUCAAUGCUGGAUUCAUGCGGACACCAGAUUUGACGCUUCUCCAGGCGUACUUGCUGUAUUUGGUGCGAAUACGGCAGUACGUAGAUCCUCGGCACCUGUUCUGCCUCACUGGUAUUGGCGUCCGGCUUGCAUAUAGGAUGGGACUUCACCGGGACGGGGCUCAGUUCAACUUGUCCCCGUUCGAGGUGGAGGAGAGGAGACGGCUCUGGUGGACACUUGCUGGAUUCGAUAGGCGCAUUGGGGAGAUGACGGGUUCAACCAUCACCGCCAUUUCCAACGGUGGGGACUGCAAACUUCCCCUCAACAUCAAUGACGCCGACCUUCAUCUCAACGCCAAGGAUCCUCCUACGUCGCACAUGGCCGCCACCGAAAUGAUGUUUGCCUUGACGCGACUUGAGUUCUCGAAGGCACCGGGAAGUGACAAGAUGAGGUCUAUGACGACGCAAGGUAACAACCUACAGACCGUCACGAAUCUUGCUGAUCAUCGAUUGGACACCUACCUCGAAGGUUUUUCGUCCCAUUUGGAAGAAACAUAUCUCAAAUAUUGCGACCCAAAGGUCCCUAUCCACUACUUUAACCUGAUGAUGACUAGAGCUAUGGUAUGCAAACUGAAAAUUAUGUCUGGCUUCUUCCGAGUUGCCCUCACCACCCCAUCUCCCCUUCCUGCGCAGGAGAGCGAGGCGCUUUUUAUCGAAGCCAUCAAAAUGAUCGAAUACGACACCAUGAUCCAAGCCAAUGAGAGUCUGAAAGGCUUCCUGUGGUACACGCUCAUGCAUUUCCCCUUUCCGGCCUACAUAUGCCUCAUCACCGAUUUACGAACUCGCACAACCGGGGAGUUGUGUGAACGAGCGUGGCAGACAAUCUUCGACAACCACGAAAUCAGGCACAUGACCAAGAAGACGCGCAGCCCCAUGCAUUUGGCCUUUAGCACACUAUUCGUCAGAGCCUGGGACGCGCGGGAGGCGGCCGAAGCCCAGCUGGGCCGCACCAUAGCUCCGCCGCGGCUGAUCACGACCAUGAGACAAUUUGUGGCCCGGAUGGGCCCUAAGAUCAAGAGAAAGACGCCCGAUCCGGCCAACCGCUCUCCAUCUCAACCGGCCGUGGCAGCUGCCUUCUCGACACCUAGACCGCCGCAGGCUCAGAUCCAGGCGGAGCCCACCCUGCAGUUGUUCCCAGACAAUAGCCUAUGGGCUAGUGUCCCGGACGUAGUCGCCAACCGGCAUUAUAACGCCGCGUUCCAGGAUGUCGACCUCGGCGGCGAGAUGGAUUGGCAGUUCUUAAUGACGCAGUAUGGCGGGUUUAUGCCGCAACCGGACAUGUCCAAUUUGCCCGUGGGCCAGGGCGGGCCAUGGAACUGGAAUUAA